AUGGACAACGACGCGCCAGCUGCAAUAUUCAAGAGAUCAAAGGCGAGGACAACGCGAACUCGUGCAGUGUCUCCAAGUGAUGAUGCACAAAAAGAGGGUGAAGAUUCAGCGGCUCCGAGUACACUUGCUGCGAAGCUGAAGAAGCAGCACAGGGAGCGCACAAAACCGAAGGCUCGGCUGAGUUUCGGUGGUGAUGAAGAGGAAGGAGAUGGAGAAGUCUUUCAGGUUAAGAAAUCUGGUGUUGGUCGCAAGCUCAAACUCGCCUCCAUUGCCCUGCCUAGUGGCCUUGACCAAGUUACAGCCACUCCACAGACCAGCGGAGGCGUAUAUAGUAAAGAAUACCUCACCGAACUAAGGGCCAGUACGCAAGCUGCACCAUCGGCCGUGCAUACAUUAGAUCCAACUCCUGAUUCUGACAUCGUUCUCGAUGCAAGUGAGAUGGCUGGCGCAGUCAUAGUUGACGAGACAGUUGCAACAGGUGCUGAAAUACCAUCUGAGUCAUCUAUUGCCGCAGCAAAACAGAGAAGAGAAGUCCUCCGGAAAACAAAACAGACUGAGGAAGAUUUUAUAUCCUUGUCUGUUACACGAAAGGAAGAUAUAUACCAAGGACCUCAUCCCGAAAGCCGCUUGAUGCGAGAGGAUGAUGAUCUUGGUGAAGGCGAUGAUGAAUUUGCGGAGUACACUGCCGCACAAGAACGCAUCGCGCUUGGAAAGAAGGCGAAGAAGAAAGACGCGGAGCGUCGCCGAGCAACAAUGCAAGAAAUGAUCGCUGAAGCGGAAGAGGAAGAUGAAGAAACAAUAGAAUGGGAGAGGGAGCAACUCCGGAGGGGCGCACGCCGAGAUACGGAAUCCGCAAACACUCCAAAACCUAAGCAAGAGUAUCGGCCUGCUCAGGUCCCGCCCCCGACGCCUUUGCCUUCUCUGGAAACCGCCAUUGCUCGACUUAGUCUUUCUCUCACGCAGCUAACGGAUUCCCAUGCAUCGAGUACAACGUCCGUGUCUAACUUAACCGACGAGCGUGAAAUACUGGAGGGAAAAGAAAAGGAAAUGCGGACAAUGGUAGAGGAGGCCGAAUCAAAGCGUAGCUGGUUUAGCUCAUUCCGAGAAUGGGUCGAGACAGUAGCUACCUUCUUGGAUGAAAAGUAUCCGCAACUUGAAAGGCUUGAAGAGGAAUACAUCUCACUACUGAAAGAACGUAGCGAUAUGACUUCCAAACGACGUGGUCAAGACGAUGAAGAUGAUUUGUCCCUCUUUCUUGCGUCUCCCUCAUCUGACCUCAAUAACGGACAUGAUGCGUUGGAUGAGCUGGGACGCGUUAUACCAGGCACCAACUCCACCAUUGCCCUCAGAGAACGUCGCAUAGCUCGAGCCGCUCGACACUCUCGGCACACGGAUUCACAAGAAGAGGAGGGAUACUCUACUGACUCAUCACUUUCUCCAUCCGAUGAAGCGGACUUCCAGGCUGCGAUGUCGAGUCUUCAAGACAAAGUACGUUCCAUAUUGCAGGACGUUCGUUCGGACGAAUUCCGUGAGCCUGAGAAGGGUGUGGGACGUUGGUUUGGCAUGUGGAGAGAUAAAUACUCAGAUACGUAUUCUGGUGCUUUCGGUGGCCUCGGAAUGGUCAGUGCUUGGGAAUUCUGGGUUCGCCUCGAGAUGUUAGGUUGGGAUCCAAUUUCAAAUCAGCGGGCUUUAGACAGUUUCGCUUGGUUCGGUGCUCUCUAUGACUACUCGCGAUCUGCCCAACUAAACGAUACGAUAGACGAAGAUAGGGAGACGGAACCGCAGCUAGGACCGGACGGCGACCUCGCAUCUGCGAUGUUAUCCACGAUUGUGCCGCGUCUGUGCAAGACUGUCCAGGGAGGAGCCUUCGAUCCUUAUUCGUCAAAACACGUCCGAGCCAUCAUUGAUCUUGCCGAACAAGUAGAAGCCUCUGCCGCACAUGAGAAAUUUGAGCUCUUGGAGAAGACUGUUUUUACGAUCUUCCGACAGGCGGUGGAUAACGAUAUUGCCGUUAGCCAGCCGUAUAUUGAACGAGGCGGGUCUGCGAAGUUCGAUCCAGAGGCUAUUCCUGCUCGACGGCGUUUCCUGUCUCGUCGCUAUAAGCUAUUGGCCAAUCUCAUGCGGUGGCGAAGAUACACGGGCGAGAAGUUUGGAGUGGGGGAGGCGGUCUCGAGACUAGUCCGCGACUGUAUUCAUCCUAUUGCCGUGACUGGCUGGGAAGUCGGUGGAGAGGAGUUCAUCCGGAAGGUGUGCCUCCAUUCUUUUUUUGUUGUCCCAUGCUGA